GGCUUUUAAGGUGUUGUGAACUCUCGUUGUCGUCUCUUAUAUAAAGAAAUCGAUUGAAUUAGGGUUUCUAGUCUAGGGUUUCGGGAGCAGCCUGAGGAGGAAGAAGAGGAGCAGCAGUAUCAGCAGCCAUGGUUCUCAAGACGGAACUUUGUCGUUUCAGUGGACAGAAGAUUUACCCAGGAAGGGGAAUCAGAUUCAUCCGUUCUGAUUCUCAGGUUUUCUUGUUUGCCAACUCUAAGUGCAAAAGGUAUUUCCACAACAAGUUGAAGCCGUCCAAGCUUACAUGGACUGCCAUGUACAGAAAGCAGCACAAGAAGGACGCAGCACAGGAGGCUGUGAAGAAGAGAAGACGUGCCACCAAGAAGCCAUACUCAAGGUCCAUUGUUGGUGCUACCUUGGAAGUGAUUCAGAAGAAGAGAGCUGAGAAGCCAGAAGUUCGUGAUGCUGCAAGAGAAGCUAAUCUGCGUGAGAUCAAGGAAAGAAUCAAGAAGACCAAAGAUGAGAAGAAGGCUAAGAAGGCAGAAUUUGCUUCUAAGCAACAGAAGAUUCAGGCAAAGGUCCCCAAGGCUGCUGCUGCGAAGGGUCCUAAGUUGGGAGGUGGUGGUGGCAAACGUUGAAGAGCCAAAGCCAUCUCUCUCUUACUCUGUGUUUGCUGCUAGUCGUUGGUUACUUUUAUUAGUUAAUGAUGAUUUCAGAAUAUUCUGCAAAACGUAAACCUUGUUAUUUGCUUUUGUUUUCUACUUUUUGCUACUCUUAUAAACUUGGAGUUAAGAAUUUUGCUGCUUAUGAACUCUCUCCGUCUCUUCUGUUA